AUGGCAUCUCAAUCAAAUGAUAAUGAAAAUGAACGUUAUGAAACAGUUCAACGUGGUCAAUUAUAUACACUUAAUUAUAAAUGUUAUCUUCGUGAUGUACAAACAAAAGCAAUUGUUUCACCAUUUCAUGACAUUCCACUUGUUAAUCAACAUUACACGUCUAAAACUGGAAAUACAACAGAUGUUGUUUAUAAUAUGGUUGUUGAAGUACCACGAUGGACAAACGCAAAAAUGGAAAUAAAUAAAAAACUUAAAAUGAAUCCAAUUACUCAAGAUGUCAAGAAUGGCAAACCUCGUUUUGUUCAUAACGUAUUUCCUUAUCAUGGUUAUCUAUGGAAUUAUGGCGCACUACCUCAAACAUGGGAAGAUCCUAAUCAUGUUGAUGAAGAUACAAAAACAACAGGAGAUAACGACCCAUUAGAUGUAUGUGAAAUAGGUAGUACUCUUCAUGCAACUGGCUCAAUUGUACCUGUUAAAAUAGUUGGCGUACUUGGUUUAAUUGAUGAAGGUGAAACAGAUUGGAAAUUGAUUGGUAUUGAUGUUCGCGAUAAACUUGCUUCACAGAUUAAUAGCAUUGGUGAUGUUGAAAAACAUCUUCCAGGUUUACUUGACGCAACACGUAGUUGGUUUAAAUAUUAUAAAGUUCCAACUGGUAAACCUCCAAAUAAAUUUGCUCUCAAUGAACAAUAUGCUGAUCGUGAAUUCGCACAGUGUGUUAUAAAUGAAACGCAAAAAUAUUGGGUAAACUUAACGGACGGUCAAGCAAAAGUGGACGACAAAGAUUGUUCAAUUGCUAAUGUAACACUUAAUAAUGGCCGUACGAUUAAAAAAGAAGAUGGAGACAAAAUUGUUGAAGGUGAUGAAAAUUAUCACACCGAGCCUGCCAAACUCGAUUCGAGCGUUCAUCAUGUUGCUUAUGUUCCAAAGUGA